CAGCCGGGCUCCCUGGUGCAGUCUGGAGACAGCCUGACCCUCCAGUGUCGCUCAGAGACUGGCUUUGGCAGAUUUGCUCUGACCAAGGAUGAGAAGCUCAGAGCUCCCCAGCGUCUGGAUGGGCAACCCAGCCCCAGCUUCCCCCUGGGCCCUGUGAGCCGCACCCACGGGGGCCGGUACAGAUGCUACGGCGGACACAAUCUCUCCUCCACGUGGUCGGCACCCAGCGCCCCUCUGGACAUCCUGAUCACAGGAAUGUACAAGAAACCGUCCCUCUCGGCCCAGCCGGGACUUUCAGUGUCCUGGGGAGAGAACGUGACCCUGCAGUGUCGCUCUGAGAUCUGGUUUGAUACCUUCCACCUGUCCAAGGAGGGGUCCCUCGCUCCUUCCCAGGUUCUUCGUCUGCAGGACCCAACCAUACCUUAUCAGAUCAACUUCACCCUGAGUCCUGUGACCUCAGACCACGAGGGGACCUACAGGUGCUAUGGCUCACAGAGCAGCUCCCCCUACCUGUUGUCACACCCCAGUGACCCC